AUGGAUCGAUCUCUGAAUCUCCUCGAUUUAGCCUUAGGCUUUGAUCAGGAGCAAGCUGAUGCAUCUCCACUAAGUGGGAAGCUAGUAUUGAUCGAGGAUUGUGUAGAGACUAGUGGCUCUUUUGUGCUUCACCAGCUGAUGAAGCGUGUUCUCUCUCCACAUUCCUCUGAAGCUCUCAUCUUUCUCGCCUUUGCUCGUCCUUUCUCUCAUUAUGAUCGAAUCCUGCGUAAACUGGGAUGCAGUUUAUCCACUCAAAAGGCAAACAAUCGGUUGGUUUUCUUCGACAUGCUCUUGAUGAAAUGCUCAGGUGUUGAAGAAACGAAAGAAAAUGCGAGUGCGGUUGCGAAACUAUUUAGGGAGAUUCAAGAAACUGUCCGAAAGCUAUGCAGUGUAGCUAAUAGCAACGUAACCGUUAUGGUUGAUGACAUGUCUCUCCAGGAAAUUGCUUCUACCGGUAACAGCAAUCAAGAUCAUGUCUUGGACUUUCUUCACUACUGCCACACGUUAACUUCUGAAAGCAACUGUUCGUUGGUCAUUCUCAACCAUGAAGAUAUAUACACGAGCAUGGAGAGACCUGCAUUUUUGCUGCAGAUGGUGUGCCUUGCUGAUGUUGUGAUAAAGGCAGAGCCUUUAGCCUCUGGUUUAGCAAAUGAUGUUCAUGGCCAAUUGAGUGUUCUGAACAAAGGGAUAAGCAGCAACUCAGGUCGAGGAAGCUCGAGGAACAAGUUGCAGAAUUUUCAAUUCAGGAUCAAGGAUAAUGGAAUCGAUUAUUUCUAUCCUGGUUGCAGAAGCUGA